UCAGCUUCCCUGAGCAUGUGCCAGUUCGGUCCUCUCUGCUCCUCAGCCCUGGGCAGCGUCGUCCUGGAAGGCCCCCCAGGCAGCCUGCAGCAUGAUCUCCAUCACCGAGUGGCAGAAGAUUGGUGUGGGUACCACCGGCUUCGGCAUCUUCUUCAUCCUCUUUGGAAUACUCCUGUACUUUGAUUCCGUGCUCCUAGCCUUCGGAAAUCUGCUGUUCCUGACUGGCCUCUCCCUCAUCAUCGGCCUCAGAAAGACGUUUUCCUUCUUCUUCCAGAAGCACAAGCUCAAAGGGACCAGCUUCUUCCUGGGGGGUGUGGUCAUUGUGCUCCUGCGCUGGCCCCUCCUGGGCAUGUGCCUGGAAACCUACGGGUUCCUUAGCCUCUUCAGGGGCUUCCUCCCUGUCGCCUUUGGCUUCCUGGGCACUGCCUUCAACAUCCCCUUCCUGAAUGCGCUGUUCCAGAGGCUUCAAGGCACCAGCUCAAUGGUCUGAAGAGCAGAAAGCGCUCCUUGAACAUGGACCAGUGGUUGAAGGGGCUGAAAAGGAAAUGAGGGCCACCCCCUCAGGCUCCCAGCCCGCACUGACUCAUCUCCCCGUCAUACCUGGGCCUCUCCAAGUCCAGAAGGACUGACUUCAAAUCCCCAAGUCAACUCAACAGGCAGUCAGGACUGUGGGGAGCAGAGACCCAGGGC